AGUGUGGACUUGCAAACAAAAACAGCAGCCAUUUUGUAGCUUGUUGGUUUUUGUAAUAACAAAGCAGAUAUUCGUGGAAAGAAGUGUUUUUAAAUUAUAUUAAAAAAAUAAAUAAAUUAAAAAUGUUUACAAACUUUAAAAAGCAAUUAGUUUAAUAUUAUUUUAAAAGUUUAUUGAGAGUGAAAACGGUGGGUGAAAAUGCAAGAAAUGUAUGUAUUGGACAAUUUUUCAAAGCAAUGAUAUCGUGAAAAUGCAUUGUCAAUGGAUAAAAUGCAAAGAGGAAAAAUGUGAGCUUAAGAUUUAUAUUUUGGGUUGUUUCAAGGACGAGAUGUAAAUAAACUAUGAUGACAAUUAUAACAUCUUUUAAUCGGGGAACAUCACUUAAUUUUAGGAGAUUUUUCAUAUCCGUGUAUACAUAAAAAAACUCGAACAGCCAUGAACUCAAAUACUGUGAAUGUUGUAUAUAGCUUUAAUAGUAAUGCAGUAAUUGAAUAUGAAUACAAAGUAAAUACCUUAAUUGGGAAGGCAGAUAGAGCAACUUCUCCUUAUUAUGAAUGUUUCAUAAAAUAUGAAAUUAACAAUAAUAAAAGUGCAUGUUGUGUUCACAACCAUGAUGAUGACGGAGAGCAACUGGAGGAUUUCCAGAAAGAAAGUGAAGCGGAUACGUUUGGGCCAAUAAAUACUAAAAUGCAAGGGCUAAGUUGGAGAAAACAAGCCAAAAUGCAUAAUCGAAAACGCCAGUUAUUACGAAAAGAGUUCAUGAAUAAUGAAAGCCUCAACUCAUCCUCCUGCCUAUUAAGUGAUCAUCGACGAUUACUUGCACCAAGGAUACCUAUAGCACAUCACGAUGAAGAACAACAAUAUUGUAAAAAAUACAAUUGUAGUUUAUUCAAUUCAAGUUUUCGCUCAAUUAUAUCUGAAAACGAUUCAUUAUUGCAUGUUAAUAAUAUGACGUCCAACUCAAAAUACAUUUCAACAUUUGAAAAUGAGAACCCACAAAAUCAUAUAGAUGUUACAGCUGAUGAUAAUAAUAAAGGAAAACAGUUUUUAUGUGCCAAAACACAAAAGCGAUGGUAUCAUCACAAACAUCGCACAAGGAGCUUCGUUUCUAUCCUUAACUAUGUCAUGCUAAUAAUGUCAUUUUCAUAUCCUCAACAGCGAAAAUGCAACCUUUUACAUGUCUUAUUUGUUAUACUAUUAACUUUAACACAAUAUCUAGGGCCCAUACAAGGUCUGUUGAUGUCGAAAUCAUCUCCUAUCGGCAUAGAUUUGGGUUCCACUGAUUUUGGGAAUGGCAGCGAUAUAUUAGUAUAUAACAGUACUAACGGCAGCGCUAGAAACAGCAGCAGUAUUAAUAAUAAAUUAUCAAAAAAUUUAUUUAAUUUGGAACAUGACGGUGGAGAGAGAGGGGAUACGUAUCUUCCUGCUAGUAAAAGUCUUAUUAUAACAUCCUCUACUGAGGGUGUGACUUCUGGAGGUGCUUAUCUGGAUAAAUUAGAUAAUCUGGAACGAAGUUUAGCUGCUGUUUUAAUUAAAGUUGCCUAUGGCACGACUUCAACCACCAAGCGAAGUAUUCCGGAAAAUAGUUAUGUGCCAAGUUUAACAACAAUAGCAACACCCCUACUAACUACAUUAAGAUAUCAAGAAAAAUCCCAUCAAUCCCAAUUAAAUAUUCAUCAUCGUAAUUACGAAUUAGAUUUGGAGAGAGAUCACGCUUUGCCAACUUCAGCACCAAAUGCUGAUAUUUUAAAGAGUAAUAGUAAUCCAACAUAUCCAAAUCCAAAUCGUCAUCACAAUCAUGAUCGUGACAGACACAGACAUUUAAUAAAUUCAACACCGAAACCAUCAUUGCCUAAUAUAUUAAAGAAAACAAGUGGUCAGAUGUCCACAAUCUCUAUGUUUCCCGCGGGUGGAGAGAUACCAUCAUAUUCACCUCCAGCUCGAUCAUUUUUUACUCCGCCACUACCACCAGAAUACCAACAUCCCUUUGCUGACAAACCAACUCUGCGUGGAACUAAUAACGAAGGAAUAAUUGAGCCUAACACCGGUAGCUAUAUAAAUCGCAGACCUAUACCACCGCCUAGUUUAAUGCCCGGCCAUGAGCGUAUACCAUUCAGACCUCCAGAUCUAGGAGGAACAUCGAACUCUAAUGAAGCCGUAUCGUCGGUACUAAUACCAUCUGGCAGCACAAAAUCGCCUGUAUAUUCUUUGACGACAAUUAGUGCUCAUCAUGAAGCCGAUGUGAAAAAAGCUUUAAAUACUCCGUCAAAAAUUACAGGUGUAAGUUCGGAUAAUAUUUCGAACGUCGACAGAAUAAAUACAUCAUCAUCUGGUAUAUAUUUAGACCCAAAUAAUAAUGUAUAUAACCAUUCAAAUAAUCCUGAAGUUCGAAAGGAGGUCCUGCCCAGUAUUAGACGUAUUUUGAGUGGUUCAAAUGGCCGUAAAGGUGAUAUACCAGAAGUCUUAUUAAAACAAGUAACUACGCGACCUAAUCACAAUUACCAUCAUCCGCCGUCGUCACCAGUUGUUCUGAUUGAUUCCUCAUUAUUGGCAGCUAAUGAAGGUACUUUAGAUAAUAGCGAUAGCAAACAAAACAUAAACAAAAUAAAGAAUAUGAGAGAUUCAGACAUUAACAAUGACGACGAUCAGCAACAAAAAACUAAAAUUACUACAAAUCCUUCAGGUGACAGUAUUUUUACUUCAAACAAUACAACUUCAACACCAUCGACCGCUGCAGCGAUUGGUGGAAGUGAAAAAGUAAAUGCAGAAUUUUCAGCCGCGGUAUCAACAUCAACAACCUCAUCAAGUAAUUUCGAUAUGUCACCUUCGGCUGGUAAAAAUAAUAAUGCAGAUAGCUCAUCAUCAUCGACUUCUUCGUCAACAUCGUCCAUAUCAUCUUCAACAUCAUCUUCAACUCUAGCAUCUUCAUCGGCACAUGCGACCUGGUCUUUGGCAUGGAAUAUACAUGUUUAUUUGUCCGUUAUACUUUUUACUAUUUUGGCAGUAUAUUCAUUAUAUAAAAUGAUUACAUAUAACAAACUUACCCAUCUUUUUUCGCAAUCAUAUUUCAUUUGCAUACAUCUAAUUUUGAUUAUCAUAUGUACUGCUCGAACCUUCUAUUUAUGCUACGAUGCAUAUAAUAUUCAUUCCAGUUUUCAUAUAUUUAUAUCGGAAAUUUUACUUAAUUUACCAGCCACAUGUCUGACUAUAUCAUUUGCUGUUUUAAUUCUGUUUCUAUCGCUGAAAUCGCUGAACCACAAGAAUAACCGAUACUCGGCCUUAAUACGUCCUUUAACGGUAGUCGUGGGCUGUGGAGUACAUGUAGUUCUGUGUAUUACUUUACAUUAUGUCGAAUCUUAUACGCUACAAAAUCAUCAACAGCACUUGUACUAUCAACAACAACAGCAAUUACUUACAAAGAGGCAACAGAUGCAACAGCAACAACAACAACAACAGCAAAACCUUCAUUACAAUUAUCAACAAAAUCAAUAUUCAUAUGCAGCUAAUAUUAUGGGUCUUGAAACAAUGGCUUUCGGCUCGUCAGUAUCCUCAGUACAGGGAUCUAACUUCCAUCAACACACUAUAGCAACUAGUGUAUCUUCAUUGCCACCGCCCCCACCUAGAGUAUUAUCACUAAUAUGCCAAAUAAUCUAUAUAUUUGUAUGUUUUAGUUUGGGCCUCUUGUAUCUGUAUUUGUAUCGCAUUUUAAAACGCAUUUUAAGAAGUAAAUCUCAAAACUACAUACACGGUUAUCAAAACCUUUCAUAUGCUAUACACAUAACCAUAGCCACAGCAUUGCUUUUUGUAUUACUGGCAUCAUUGCAAAUCUUCGGUGCUAUAAGCAUUUCAUCGUCCAGACCUUUAAUUACACAAAAAACUGCUGAAAUCGAUUGGAUGCAGUGGGGUUAUCAAUUUUCAUUGCGCCUUAUUGAAAUCGCUAUUAUAACAUUGAUCUCUUGGGUGACAGGCCUUAAAAUGAGUAAUGGUAGCAAUACAGUCAACAUUAAUUUAACCAACAAUGAGCCUAGAGUAGUUGCUGGCCAGGUAAACGGUGGAAAUUCAAUGUUUAAUACAAAUAUUAGUGUAAAUCCAGUGCGCGAAAAACAUAGCGUUCACAAUACCCAAUACAAUCACUCGAACAUGACAAAUUUCUUUUUGCCUUGUACCUCGAGUUCCAGUCAAGAACAAUUCGACACAGAUUACCCAGCAGUCUGUAACGCAAAUACCAAUUUGCAUACAUACACAAUGCGCACGGGUAAAUUGAUAUAUGAUGAUAGUUUUGCCUUGAAUUCGCUAAAUGCAGCCGCACCAGCUAGUGAUUUCCAUCAUCCACAUCACCAGGUUCAGCAACAUUCUAAACAACCACCGCCGCAAUCUACUUAUCAACAUCCUUAUGAUUCACAAUCUCUGCACAGUUCGGCCCAUCACAAUGUUUCUGAAUAUGGUUCGAGGAUAAAUUAUCAGCCUGAAAAUCAUUUACAGUACAACGACUAUUUGACAGAUAACACAACGGAUCACUAUGAAAAUCCCAAUUUCGAUUUAAGAGGUUCAGGAUCAGCUACAUCAGGAUCUGCUUUGGUGGUAAAUUCUAACGUUGGCAACGGAACAAUGCAAAAAUUUGGUAAAAAUUCCAUUUCAAAUUCGACUACGACAGCUUCAAGCAGCAAUAAUUCGAAUAUGGGAUCAAAUUCAUCAUCUGGUUCGUCGGCUACUUUGCAACAGCAAAUGUUAUUGCUACAUGGUGGUGGUGACACUUGUUAUUCAGAGCCUAUUCAUGAAAAUUAUGAUUUUAAUAAUUUUGAAAAGCCAAAAUUUAAACAACAGCCACAUGAUAAUUGGCCCGAUGCUCAUAUUCCCACAAUACUAAACAAACGUGAUAAGAAAAAAUCCUUAACUACCUUAGAAAGAUGUGGAUAUGAUAAGCCCGAGAGACGAAGUUCUAAUUCCACGCAUUCCUGUAAUUCAAAUAGUAAUUCCAAUAAUAUCGGUGUUGGUGGUAACAGUGCUACUGGCGGUGGUAGUUCACGCUAUGCAAGUUUUAAUACAUUUGAAAGAGCUCCCUUUAACAAUGUACGUAAAAGUGAUACGUUUAACAAUAUUACAUCUAAUGGUCUUAAUAUAAUGCAUGGCCGCAAUAAUUCCUCAUCGUCAGCUACUUCAGCUACUUCGGUUAGUGGACCUAGAAAUACUUCGUUAGGCAUGCAGACUUUAGCAUCAACUGAAAGACAUCAUCAUCAUGUCAUGCCUUCACGAAACUUAAGAGCGAGUGGUAGUUCAAAAGUUUUAGCAAAUAAUGCCUCCGGGUUAGAUGUUUUCUCACGUUCAACUAUAGAACGUUCAAGUAUAAGCCAAACACAACAAAGGCCCCUGAAUCAGCUACCCAUAAAUCAAUCUCAAGCACAACGCCAGUAUUCUGAUGACGAUGACGAUGAUAAAGAUGAUGACAUAAUGCUAGCAUCAUCUCCACAUCAGGUGUAAUAGUAUGAUAUCGAAUUAGUGAAAAAAGAACGAAUUCUCUGAUUAAUCUGUAUAUAUAGAGGAAGCUUUUUCGAACUCAAAAUACUUUAUAUGUAUAUAUAUGUAUAUAUGUUUUGAGUUUCCAAAAGUUUUUAUUGCAUAUAUACCUUUUCUGUUACCAUCUUAUAAGCAUCUCUAGUAAUUUACAACUCAGGUACUUCUCAUAUUAACAUCACACGUUGGUACAAAAAAUGAGAUCAUACGAUAUACGUAGCUGAGAAAGGUUUCGAGAGUAUGUGUAAUUAUUCUAUAGUUAAUGUAGUUAUCAGCUGGAAAGGAAUUCAAUACUUUUUGAAACAUAAAAAAAUCAAAUCGAAUAAAAGGUUUAGUGUAGUCAUGCAUAAUUUUAUUUAAAACGCCUUCUUUUAAAAAAUUCGACUAUGUACAUUUAAAUUUAACUUAAGGCAAGUCACAUUAAAUUCAACAUUUUGCGCAUACAUUUUCCAUAAUAUCUCAUCACGUUACAAUUUACAUUUUAUCUCCUUUCCAUUGCAAACUCAAAAUACAUAUAGCCUUCAUUAAUCAAAUCAUUACAUCAUUUAGUACAUUUCAAUAUUUUUACUCAAAUUAAUUAACAAAUUUUUAUAUUAAAUUUAAUUAAAUAUAUUGGAUAUACAUACUACUUUAAUCUUAAACGAAUUUUGUUAAAAUUUGUCAAUAUUUAUACAACCACUUGUACUAUUGUUCAUUUGCCUUUUCAUUCGUUAUCUACUGAUGUUCUUACAUACAGUAGCCCAAUAAAGUCUACAUACAGCAAUUCUAAUUAAAUUUCUAUCAUUGAAAUCUGUAUUUGUAAGUUAAACAACAUUUCUUAUCACGUCCAAAAUUUCACCGUUAUUAGAAUUAUUGGUUCUGAGUCAAAUAACGACAUUUUUUUUGAGCUUUUUGGGCUUUAAAGUUCAAAAUAGUAUGAAACUUAAAAGUCCCGCACACCCAAAAGUAGGCGUGGGUGUAAGUUAAACAACAUUUCUUAUCACGUCCAAAAUUUCACCGUUAUUAGAAUUAUUGGUUCUGAGUCAAAUAACGACAUUUUUUUGAGCUUUUUGGGCUUUAAAGUUCAAAAUAGUAUGAAACUUAAAAGUCCCGCACUCCCAAAAGUAGGCGUGACCGACAAUAAAUUUUUCGUUAUUCUACUCAGAAUCAAUAACUCUAAUAACGGCGAAAUUUUGGGCGUUAUUUUUUUUUUUUUGCUAAAAUCGACAUAAGACGUGUUAUUAUUAUAUAUUUUUUCCUUUAUUAAAAUUUUUCAAGUUUACAAUUUACAAAUUAUGAGAUUUUACAUAAGUAUUUCAACAAUUAAUAACAAAUUAGCUUAACCUUAUAUAAUCUAUAAAAUAUAUCACAGUUUAAGGAUGAAAAACCUUUGCAUAAGACGUGUGUUAUUAUAAAUUUAAUUAAAAUUUUUAUUUAUUUCAUAAAAAAAAACUAAAAAAACAGUUUCAAACUAAAGUAACACAAUUAUUUUUCUUGUAUAUAGACUUUAUUUGGCAACUGUAUAUAAAUUAUAGUUCACUUAGUACAUAUUUUCAGGACAGUCUCUGCUUCAAAUUUUAAAAGUAGGUACAAUUUUCUAAAAUUAUUGUUCACUUUCAUUCGAAACUGUUUUAUCCAAUGAUAUUUAAGUAUUUUUUUUUUAUUGGAUAAAAGACGAAAUGCGCAAGAUAGCAUUUGAUUUUAGACCUAUGGUAUCUUGGGGAAAAUUUCUUAGACGUUUGAACGUCCUGUAUUGUACUACGUAUGUAAGUAAUCUAUUCUAUGUGUGUACACUAGGCUGGGUCGAUUUGUAUGGACGAUCAAAAAGUAAAAUAUCGUAUAGCAGAAACGCAAUCUACGAAAAAUUCUAAGAAAUUUUCCCCAAGAUACCAUAGGUCUAAAAUCAAAUGCUAUCUUGCGCAUUUCGUCUUUUAUCCAAUAAAAAAAAAAUACUUAAAUAUCAUUGGAUAAAAGAGGAAAUGCGCAAGAUAGGAUUUGAUUUUAGACCUAUGGUUUCUUGGGCAAAAUUUCUUAGAAUUUUCCGUAGAAUGCGUUUCUGCUAUACAAUUUGAAUUUUCUGUUGACCGGUCAUAUUGUAAAAAUGUGUGUAUUUUUUUCAUGUCGUCAUUUUUUCAUGUGUUGACAAAUAUUUCGGCUAGUCCAUUUUUAUUGCAUUUUUAACAUAUAAACAGAAACAAAAGUCCAAAUGAACGAUACAGCUACAGUCUGUGGUUAUUUUAAAUACUGAUACAGAUAUUGACAAUUUCUAAAAAUAACAUAUUUUUAAGUUUCCCCUGUUAUAUAGAUUGUAAAAUAUCGAUGAUUUUAAAUAUAUGUAAAUGGAUUUCCCUUAAAACGAAAUUCACCCCUCAUAUUAAGAUUUACACCAAUAAAUAUUAAAGAAAGCAUUUGAAGUUAUUUAGUAUAUGACUUAAUUUUUUGUAAAUACUGCCAGCAUUUUUUAUUUUAAGUUAUCACAACAAAUAAAUCAAUUUAAUAAUCAACUAAUAAUAA